UUUUCCUCUGAGAGCCUUCCUGAGCGCUGCUAUUUUUGGCCCCGUGUGACAGUAAUUGAUUGCCAGUGGAGAGGUAUAAAAGCAGCGGCCAGGCCCCAGGCUUGCCAGACCGCUCAGGGAGGCUUGCACUCUGGACAGAGGCCUGGAGCGUCGUCCUCCUUGUCCCUCUCGCAGAAUCUGGCUCCGGACACCGGCUCCAACUCCUCGACCCUGGGCCCUUGGCCCUGAGUUUCCUGGGCGCUUCCUGAGGACUUCCUUGCUCAUCCAUCUCCCCUGCUACCCCCAGACCUCCUCAGCUACAGGUUGCUGCCUCCCUGUCACCGGCAGCCAUGAGGUCCCGGCUUUUGCUUUCUGUGGCCCUCCUGCCCACAAUUCGGGAGACCUCGGAGGAGAUGCUACCCGGAGGGGCUGGAGAGGAACCCCCCGCCUCCCCCAGCCUGGAUGACUACGUGAGGUCCAUUUGUCAGUUGGCACAGCCCACCUCAGUGCUGGAUGAGGCUGCAGCCAGGGUGCGAACCAGCAGACCCCACCGGCCAGCCCGUUCCUGUGCGAAGAGCUGCCCCACUGGGUCUCUACAGGACAUCACCACUUGCUCCACUGGCCAGCAGCCCUCGCUGCCCGGGACUAGCACUGUGGAUCCCCUGGACUGGCUCUUUGGGGAGUCUCAGGAGAAGAAGCCAAGUAAAAGGGAUGUACCAAGGAGGACCGGACCCUCCGCUGAUCCCUGGGCUUCUCGCAGACGGACGGACAGUGGCAAGGCACCAGGGACCCCCAGAGGGAGGCUGAGUGAUGCCAAGGCUCCAGGACACUCUCUGCAGAGAACGUCGAGGGACUGGCACCAGUGCUCCCAGGCUUCUGGGCAACCUGGACAGGAUGCGGGCUCCCCCGCAAGCCCUCGCCACAGCAGCAUCCUCAGAACUCUCUAUCUGCACCUCCCGGUGAUCCAUGAACUCUGACACCUCCCCAAUAAAGCCUUCUGUAAAUAGAA